CCUCCUUCUUCACCCUUAAACCAUCCCUCCCUUCCUCCUCUGUUUCUCUUCUCCUGUUUCUAACUCUCAAGUACCUGUCGGUUCACUCACCCGCCAUCCCUCUUUACGUUAAUAUGUUGCGUUGUCUGACCAGUUCGGAGAAUCUUGCUGAGUCCUGCUCCGCUAUGGCAUUGUCAGAAAGGCAAAGAGACAGGAUGAAAUGGCAACAGCCACAGUCUCAUCAUCAUCAGAACCAGAACUACUUUUCUGGAAGUGGGUUUGACGGUGGGUCCUCGCCUCUGCAACUUCAGAAUUCUGGAGGAUUGAUGAUGAUGGUGAAUGGCGGCGGCAGUGGAGGAAGUUCUGGGCUCGGUGAGGUGGUUGCUAAUGCCGGUUCGGUGAAGCCCGACCCGUCUUGGGAUAAUGGGUGGUCCGAAUUGGGCAAGGUCGACUUGCCUGGUCUGGGAGUCGUGUCUUCCGGAUUUAACGUGAACUCUGUAGUUUCGAGGACUUCUAGCUGCCCGCCGUCUGUGGCAGCGUCGGCUGCAGCGACGGCGACAGAGAGGAUGAGAUCGACGAGUGGGAGAGAGAGCUUCAAGAAGAGGAAAUCUGAUAAAGCUCAGAUCCCCAAGGUUGCAGAAAAUGAGAAGAACAAGAAAAGCAAAACAAGUGGCGAGGAAGGGGAAUCCAAAGUGACAACAGAUAAUAAUGACAAGAAUAGAGAAACAUCUGCAGCAUCUUCGAAAGAGAAUUCGAAAACUUCUGAGGUUCAAAAUCAAAAGCCUGACUACAUUCAUGUCCGAGCACGUCGUGGACAAGCCACUGAUAGCCAUAGCUUAGCAGAAAGAGUUAGAAGGGAAAAGAUUAGCGAGAGAAUGAAAUACUUGCAGGGUUUAGUACCAGGUUGUAAUAAAAUCACAGGAAAAGCUGGCAUGCUCGAUGAAAUCAUCAAUUAUGUUCAAUCUCUUCAACGGCAAGUAGAGUUUUUGUCAAUGAAACUAGCUGCUGUAAACCCUAGGAUUGACUUCAACAUUGACGAUCUGUUCACCAAAGAGGUUUAUCCAGCUUGUACUCCUACGAGUUUUCCAGCCAUUGAUGUGACAGCUAAUCCUGCUUAUCUUCAGUUUGAUCCAGCCCAACAUGUUUCUUCAUGUUGUGGAUUAGAUAUGGGCAUAAACCAUCCAGAUUUGGGGCUUCGAAGGACCAUUGGUGCUCCUGUAUCCUUCCCACCUGAAACAUUUCUUGACUCAUCUUGUUUCAAUCAAAUUCUGCCAUUUUCAACCUGUGAAGCUGAUUUGCAGAACCUGUACAAUGUGGCUUUUGAUCAAGCGAGAACAACCACGACGUCCUUUCCUUCUCAACCAUUCACAGGCCUAAUUGAAGCUAGCAAUCUAAAGAUGGAGAUGUGAAGAAGCUUAUGUUGUGCUCCAGCUUGAUGGAUGAGAUCAGUGAAUCUGAAUGACUCUUAUCAAGAUUCUUUUUCUUUCUCAGUACAUAACAUAUAAGAUAUUGUUUGUAUACUUUCUCUAUAGUAUAAAUAAGAUAUCUCAAUUUAGCUUUA